UGCUACGUGAUUGGUUGUUGCUGACAGAGCUGGUGGUCCUGAGGAGUGAGGACGGGGUCAGUCUGAGUGACCAUGACUUACAUCCAGAACUGGGAGGAUUUCGUCAAAGCGGCUGAGAAACUGUGUCUGACCGAGACCAUGAAGGUUCGUGUGGUCAUUAAGUAUCGACACUGUGCUGGGCUUCUCUCCAUGAAAGUGACUGAUGAUGUUGUGUGCCUGCAAUACAAGACGGACCAAGCUCAAGAUGUCAAGAAGUUUGAGAAAUUGCAGAACCAGUUGAUGCGUCUCAUGGUUUCCCGGGAAUCUCGGAGCAACCUGAUGGAGAUGGACUAAAACUGAGUGUCUGCUGCCAAGCCCACAAUUGGAGGGGACAAAGAGAACUUUUCUUCUGUGUAUAGAACCUAUUGGGAACUCAAGGUUGAAAGACUGGUACAAAUUUAAGAGGGGGGUUGUGGGUCUCAUGAGACUGGAUAAAGUUUCCCCGAGGAGGCUGCGGUGGGAACUUGAGUUUAUUGGAGCUUCAAAUAAACUCCUCUUGGUGGAUGGACUGGAAUUGGUUCAGCUGGCAAGGCUGUGACCUCUGUGAAUUCUGGUCAUGUUUCAUGUUAUAUAUCUGCAGUCAAGGCAAACUCCUUUUCCUUUGCAUAAUCCUCAUGGGUUUGAGAUUCCUGGGGGAAGCUGCCAGUUAGUAUCAGAGCUCGAUGCUAAAAUAAAUUAUCCUUGGCUGAA